AUGGUCCUCAUCAACACAUACGAAAAGUUUGAGGCAAUCAGCCCAGCUGAAUGCCUCGCUAUUUGUCUACGAUACCUUGCCACGGGGGAUUCGUUCAUGACUAUCAGCUUCAGCUAUCGCGUCGCCUCAUGUACUGUGGCAGGUAUUGUCGGGGAUGUGUCUCGGGCCAUUUGGGACUGCCUUGUGGAGGAGUUCAUGCCUGUGCCAACCAAGCAGGACUGGAGGGACAUUGCUGAAGGCUUCCUUCAGAGGUGGAACUUUCCAAACUGCCUGGGCUCCAUCGAUGGCAAGCAUGUUGUCAUCCAGGCCCCUCCCAACUCAGGGUCACUGUACCACAAUUACAAGGGGAUAUUCUCCAUCGUUCUCCUUGCUGUUGUGGACGCCGACAACAUGUUCCGGGUCAUCGAUGUCGGUGGCUAUGGACGGAACAGUGACGGUGGGACCCUGGGGAACUCUGCGUUUGGUGAGGCCCUGAAAGAUGGAACCCUGGACCUCCCAGAGAACUGCAUCAUCCCUGGAGCAGAGCCACGUGGACCACUGCCACACGUCUUCGUGGGUGAUGAGGCCUUUCCUCUGCGGAGCAACCUCAUGCGCCCCUUCCCUGGGACAAACCUCGCCAGGGAGAAGAGGCUUUUCAACUACCGCCUCAGCCGUGCCAGGUUGACAGUCGAGUGUGCGUUUGGUAUUCUCUCCAGCCAGUGGAGAAUGUAUCGGCGUGUCAUUGGUGUCAACCCGGCAAAAGCGGAGGCGUGUGUGAAGGCCACCUGCAUCCUCCACAACUUCAUCCGGAGGUCCAGGAGAGGGGCCAGUGGAUGUCCAGAAGCCAGGCCUGGCCAGGAGGGGUCAGCAGGUCUCCAGGAGGCUCCACGACUGGACAGCAACAAUGCUGCACGUGCAGCAAUUCACGUGAGGGAUGCAUUCACUGCAUAUUUCAAUGCAGAAGGUGCAGUGCCCUGGCAGCAAUCAGUUGUAUAGCCCAUGUCAUCAAGAAACAAAGGCUCUUUUAAGAGCCACCCACAUUAAUCACAAAAAGGCAAACAG